AUGAUCUGGCGUAGUGUACUACUGGUUGUGUGUUCAGUCUUCUCAGUUCUAGCUCAUCGAGCUCAUCAUGAUGUCUAUUGGAAUUCAUCGAACCCUGUCUUCGAACCAUUCGACAACGCAAUCGACUCUCCUGGAUAUUAUGAGCUUACCGCAAGACCGCUUGACACAAUCAAAUUCCAUUGUCCUCGAAGGAAAUCGAAAGAGUUUAGUCUAAUUUAUAAGGUAUCAUUCGAAGAAUUUCAACGAUGCUCAUUAAGUAACAGUGCAGAACUUGUGGUGACAUGCGAUGGAGAACAUCACACCGUGCGCUACACAUUGAAUCCGGAUGAAUCCGAACCGGGACAAAUUUAUUUCAUAACAACCUCAUCCGGCAAAAAGGAAGGACUGUACGAUCGACGACUCGGCUUAUGCAAUGAGAAGAAUAUGCGCAUGGCUGUAAUUUUUGAUGGAAAAGACUUGAUCGAACAUCGAGACCCGUUGCUCGGCUCGGAUAUCGAUCUUCAACGACUCAUACAGGAUCGUUUCUAUUUGGCCGAGGAAAAUGGUGAACUAAAUUGGAAGAAAAACGUUCUGCCUGAUGUAGAUUUUGAUUGGAAGACUUAUCUACAAAAUCACAAUCGAAAGUUGAAAUUCGAUAAAUCGUUACAAAUCGAACCGAUACCGCUUGAUGAUGAUUUUGUUAAUCGAUGGGAGGAGUUGAGGAACCAGCGUAUCGAGAACGAACUCGGAUUUCUUGCCCGACCUGAAGAGACCGUUGAGGUGGUCCGAUCAACUGCCGGCAAGGGACACCUAUCGAUCCUAUCCUUCGUUGGUAUCCUCAACAUUUUAUACUGGAUACGAUAA